AUGAGUACACCAAAUCGCCUACCUGGGCGCGCAAGCCUACCACACACGCCUGUCUCGACACCUUUUUCACGCAACCGCACCGAUUCUUUCGCCGAGCCCAAGUCUGAACUUCUUCGUAAUGCGCUGGACGCGAAAAGGCAAGCGCACAUAACACCUACUCCCACGCCUCCGGACACUAGGCUUGCCCACGCGGAGACGCUCAAGAGCGCGGUAUCCGAUCCGUGGUUAGACAAUGCGAAGAAUGAGGAAGACACCAUGAAGACCACCCCAGUGCGCCGCCCUGGGCGGCCGAGCGAAGGAGCCUUGCCGCGGAUGCGCACGCAACGCGAAUUACAGGCGGAAAACGAGUCUCUGAGAAAGGCUCAGAUGGAUUUGAAGUUACGGCUCGAGGCUUUGAGUGAUCAGCAUAACAAGCUCCGGGAUCAAAACGAGCAGUAUGUGGAGCGGAUCAAGGAGCUAGAGCCAUAUGCAGUGCAAGUCGAUGACUUGCGGCAUGCAAACAAUCAGCUCACACUUAAAGCGCAAGACAUGGAAGACGAAAUGUCCGACCUUCGUGACCAGAACAAGUUGAUCCUGCAGAUAUCGGAAGAAACUGUGGCAGAAUUAGGACAGAGAAACGAAGCCUUGGAGGAAGCCGCAGAGCUCAUUCUCGGGUUGGAAAUGGGCAAAGGUGACCUAUUGGAGGAGAUUGAACAGUUAAAGGCACAGGCAACCAAGGCCCAAACCGAUGUCAGGUAUAACACAGAUGCUUGUGUGACCGCGAACGAGCAACCGGAAUAUCCUACACGCGUGCACUCGAUCGACGAGUCUCGCCCUUCAACGAGCUACAACGACUCCGAUUACUACAGUAUGCCUGCUUCACCGCACGGCAAACCAAGCCAGGAGUCAAUGAUUUUCGUCUCCGAUCGGGCGAAGAAGUUUAUCGAUAUGAAGAAAGAGACCCAGCGAUCGACUAAGGAUCUUUCCAGACGGUUAUCAGACGCGUCCUUGAAGCAACAAAAGAAGAAGAAAGAACCUAUGCCGCAAGUCCCUCAGAUUCCAGAAGCUUAUCGACAACAACCGAUUACUCCAGGACCAAACCGUGCACCUCGGCGAGUAGGAUCUCUGCGAACAACAUUAUCUCCCGCUUUGGCUUACGAUCCAUAUGGCACCAAUCAGACUGGAAGCGCGCCUCAAACGCCUACCGGUGGUCUACGAGCACACUUCCAGAAUGGCUUGACUUUGGACACAUCGUCACGGUCCUCUCGGCCAACCUCGCAGAGGUCAAGCGCUACAAAUAGCCCUCUAUCCAACAAGAGCAAGCAGUCAACGCGAGGCCGUGACGCGCCAGUUGCUCCUGCACGUCACAGCAGCCGUGCCGCGCACACCUCGUAUUCCGCCGAACAGCUGAGGUCGGAAUACAAGCCUGAAGAGCAAUCGGACGCAGGGAAGGAAAUGACUUGGGAGGUCCCUCCUUCCGUUGUAUCUGAGGCGCAGACCACAGAAAUGGAUGCGAAUUACCGCGGCCCUUGGUACAACCAAAUAAGCUCUUGGGGCACAAACAAUCCAAAUAUAACAGGUGCCGAUGCUAGGAACGUUCAUCGGUCAACAUCAUAUACGGAAGCGAACUUCCUUUUCAACCCUGCUGAGAACGAGGACGAGUUUGUUGAAAAGACGCGGUCAUUCGGCCGGCGUCGGUGA